GGGCCGAUCCGCACUCGAUUAAGCCAGAAACCGAUCCACACUCAGUUCAACAACAAUGGCUUACAAAUUCGUAGCUUUCGCCGCCCUUUUGGCCGCUGCCAACGCUGGUCUCAUCAACGCCCCGUUGUCCUACUCCGCCGCCCCAGUGGUAGCUAAAGUAGCUACUCCAUUGGCUUACUCCGCCCCAUUGGUAGCUAAGGUAGCUGAGGAAUACGACCCAAACCCUCAAUACUCUUACGGUUACGAUGUCCAAGAUUCUUUGACCGGAGACAACAAGCAACAGCAAGAAAGCCGCAACGGAGAUGCCGUCCAAGGUAGCUACUCUCUCGUUGAUGCUGACGGCUUCAGAAGGACCGUUGAAUACACCGCCGAUCCAAUCCACGGAUUCAACGCUGUCGUUCACCGUGAGCCUUUGGGAGCUGCCCCGGUAGUCGCCAAAGUAGCUGCCCCGAUUGCUUACGCCGCCCCAGUAGCUAAGGUAGCUUACUCCGCCCCGGUAGCUUACGCAGCCGCACCAGUCGCCAAGAUCGCAGCGCCCAUCGCUUACGGACCUCCAAUUGCCAAAGUAUCCUACUCAUCCCCAACCCAAGUCUACCAUUAUUUCUAUUUAUUAU